GCUGCACCUUCGCAAUUCAGCGCCUCGUCUUUCCUUGAAUACCGGCACUCCUUUUGUUACUGUGAAUCGGUGUGGUAAGCACGUCUGCUCCGCUGUUGAAUUUUGUUGAAUUUUGGCGGUUUGAGCUGUAAAAUAUUUCAUUAUGUAUACGAAAAGGUAUAUUAUCUGCAUCUUGGUGAUCCAUUUAUCCUUGGUAUGUGGUAAUACAGAUGGAGAGACCAGUGAGAGAAUACUUUGGUCUCCUGGCCGUAUAGUUCAAGUAACCUUGGCUAUGGCAGAAAGUGCUUUGUUAAUGUUUGUGCUAUUGUUUCCAAGCAUUAUGGAUCCCAUCGUGAAAUUCGUCAGCUAUGCUGUGGGCACUUCAGGAUCACGCCGCCGCCGAGCAGUGAGAGAUGCCAUCACGGAGCAUGCAUCAAGCCUUCAUGAUCUCUUCUUGGACGCUUUAGAUAAGUUUGAAGAGUUGGACUCGGCGCUUUCUUUGGAGUUGUAUUGAUGUUUUGAGACCAUUUUUUUUAAUCUAGUCCUAAAAUUUUCUGCAUUACAACUGUAAACUACUCUGUACAUCUUGUAAGCAAUAGUCUGGUUCAUCAAUAUGAAACAUGCAGUGUAUGUCCAUUCAGAAACAAAUAUUUAAUUUUU